GAUCACGCCAGUCGAGUCGGGACUCGGAUGCGCCCUAUGCGUUCGCUCAAGCUAGACGGCCAUUCGUUCAUCGCUCGUCUCCCGAGCCAUUCCCCCAGUCGGUCGACCGCCUGCGUCGCGCACGGACGUAUCGCGCGCCACAAAUUUCUCUCCGCACGUAAUCGUCGUAAUAACCAACAAAAAAUAAAAUAAACUGUGACUGGUCUGUGUUCACGUAACGUCCUCUCGUAAAGGGAAAUACGGCUUUAGCUAACUGGAUACACGUCGGUUUUACAACGUUUAUUGUUUUUAGUUGGCAAGUGCAAAAUGUGAUGUUAUGUGUGCUCAACGAGCGUACCGUCCUGUGUAACGUUGCCUCAAAGUGAACUACAUGGAUGUAAUGUGCUUUUAAAAUUGGAAACUCAUAAUCUCCAUACUUCGCGACCGGAUUUUAUAAUUGAGAUAACGCGGGGAUGUCCGUUGUUCUUCUAAGACAAAUUUUCUGAUCUUUGUGCCGAUUGAGAUGAGACGAAGAACAGGCCUACGGAUAUGUGAGAGUACCGACUCCAGUCUACAACACAGCUUCGACACAUGCAGUUAUAACUCAACGAGUACCGACUCCAGUCUACAACACAGCUUCGACACAUGCAGUUAUAACUCAACGGUAACAACAAGUGCCCCUACGCAACCUAGCCUCAGAAAACCCACGAUGUCGCCACUACGCGCCGGCAGACGGCUAGCAGCCUUCAUGACGUCCAACGCUUUUCUGGUGCUGUUGAUAUCGCUGGAGCUGCUCGCGUCGCGCAGUGGAGCAGCGGCGCUGGCCAACUGCCCGAUUGGCUGUAACUGCAAUGACGAAACCCUCGUAGUAGUAUGCGAAGAAAGUCGCCUCGAUGUCCUACCCAUCGCCCUGAACCCCUACAUACAGCGACUUAUCAUACGAAACAACAAGAUCAAAACAAUCGACAGCUCGAUGCAGUUUUACACAGAGCUGCAACACCUAGACCUGUCCCAGAACCGCCUAGUCAACAUACCGACGAAAAGUUUUGCGUAUCAACGUAAACUUCAAGAGCUCCACCUUGAUCAUAACAAAAUAUCAUCAGUCACCAAUACUACUUUUCAAGGCCUCAACUCGCUGACAGUUUUAAAUUUAAAACGAAAUUAUCUUGAAGAGUUGACGAACGGAGUAUUUACCACCUUACCAAGGUUGGAGGAACUAAAUUUAGGACAAAAUGGAAUUUCGAGGAUUGAUCCCAGAGCGUUCGCCGGCUUGUCUGCUUUGCGAAUCCUAUACUUGGAUGAUAACCAGCUGAGUUCGAUACCGACGACAUCCUUCAGCCUCCUGGGCAGCCUCGCUGAGUUGCACGUAGGCUUGAAUGCGUUCUCCUUCCUACCGGACGACGCUUUCGCAGGUCUCAACAGACUGACGGUGUUAGAUCUCAACGGAGCAGGACUUUCCAACAUAAGUGAAUUUGCAUUCCGUGGUCUUCCAGGACUGAGAAGUCUCAAUCUAUUUGGAAAUAGACUAAUCACCGUCCCUACAAUGCAAUUAGCUGGUCUAACAAGAUUAGAGGAUUUGUAUAUCGGACAAAAUGAAUUCCUGACUCUUGAAAGUCAUUCGUUUAAGGGUUUGAAGAAUUUGAAGUUAUUGGAUAUCACCGGUGCGACACAAUUAGAACGAAUUGAAAAAGGAGCAUUUGAGGAUAAUAUCAACUUAGAAACAGUUAUUUUGGCGAAUAACAAGAAAUUGGCAACUCUAGAAGACUGCUCAUUAUUGGGAUUGCCGAAACUACGACACCUUUCCCUGAAAGAUAAUGCCAUUGUUACUUUAAGCGAAACGGUGUUCAUUGGAAAAGAACUUAAGCAAUUAGAUUUAACCAAUAAUCCAAUUUUCUGUGACUGCCAACUGCUAUGGCUGCACCAGUUGCUAAAUGAUAAGAGCAACUUUACUCAAAUACAUUGCGCAAGUCCUGAACACUUGAAAGACAAGCCUCUCAGAAACCUGAAUGCCGAUGACUUGGGCUGUGUGCUACAUGAUACGCGACAACAAACUAUAAUCUGCAUUAUAGUAGUCGCCUGUGUAGCCACUAUUGCCACUUUAGUAUUAAUUUUGUACAGAUAUCGUAAGAGCAUGCAAGAGAAGCUGAAAGACUACAAGUGGAACAAGGGACGAAAGAACCUUGAGUACCACAAGCCCAUUUCGACGGAGGAGGACUGCAUACUAGAGCUUUACGCCUCCCCGAGCGUGUUCUUCAUGUCAGGCGGCCAGGGCUCCGCGCGCCGGCCGCAGCGCUCGGGGGGCGGCGGCACGCUGCCCGCUAAUGGAUUCACGUACAUCGGCGGCGACACGCGUCCGCAUCAACCGCUCACGCUCAAUAAUGGCGCACCAGCACACCACCUCAACAACGGUUCCUUGCGAUCUCUGCCGGAUAAGAAGAACAAUCGCAAUGGCAUCGUGUGUCACCCGGAAAACUUCCAGAGGAACCUGGACACGCGUUACUCCAGAAAGCAGGAGAACGGCUACAUCCGUAACUCAGAAACCAUAAUCGGUUUCCCGCGCAACGACCGCGAGUACGAGCGCGAGCACGCGGAGUACAGCGAGCCCGAGUACUCCAUCAUCCCGGAGAGCGGCUACGGGCGCGCGCUCGAGGACUACCCGCGCUCCUGCACACACUCCAAUACGUUCAACUGUUGAGUGCGCACGUGAACUAUCUCAACCGUUUGUGAUCUUGUAAUUCUAGCAAUAAAUCUUCAUUCCAUUAAGUUUUCUAUGAACGGAGUAAGUCGUGACGGACGUAGUGCUCUAGAGCGGUUAGUGACAUUAGUAUUUCGGGUCCGGUGUACGUUCGACCAGUGAGGACUAUCCUGUAUCGUAUUCGUUUUAAAAGAGUACCUUAAUUGUAAAUUAUAAAUUUAAGUAGUGAUGGAUCUAUUUUUCAAUGGGACGUUUGGGGCUCGGGACGUUUGAAAGUGAGACUUUCACACGAGACAACGGUACAAUGUACAGACUAGUCGCAGCGCGGGGCGGGGCGGAGGGGGCCGAGCGAGUCCGGCCCGCGGGGACUCCCCGCUAUGGUGUACAUCAUAAAACAUUGUGAUUUGUAUUUUUUUCUACCAGUGCGGUGGAUUUUGUAUUUGAUUUUGUACAAAAAACCAUUCCAUAUGAUAUCUUUUUAAUGUCUAAUAUUUUAUUUAUAAAUGAAUAAAGUAAGUGUGCGUUAAAUAAGACACCAAUAUGAAAAAUAUUAGAAUUAAUGAUGUAAAUAUAUUUAUACUAUAUUGAGAUAUUUAUAAAAUUUAAUACAAUCUUGUUCUUCUAAAAUUAUCAUAAAAUUAUUUCGGGAUAUCUAUUGUAUUGUUUGCUAUAAUGACUGAUAUCCUAAUUACGAGAUUUCUUAUGUCUGUCACUACCUACCUACGAUUAAAUACCCACUUACACCUAACUUCUAAUUGUGUAAGUACAACGCACCCAUUAUUUCUAAAAACACAUCUUCGAACAUUUACGCUCAAUCCUAAUAUUGUAAUGUUUUUAUUAAGGUUGAUCUACGAACAAUGUUUUAUUUUAAUAAAGUGUACUUUUUGUUUAUAACUGUUUGUUAAUGUUCCAUAAUUUUGGAAUUGUGUGAUCUAUUGAGAAAAGUUAUGUUAACAAUUUGACGGUUGGCUAGUAAUUAACUGAUGGGUUAUCAAUUACCGAAACGAUGCACACAAAUUAACUUAGCUCGUAUCAAUUAGUUCAAUUGCAGUCGGCUGUAUGCAUCGCUCGAUUAACGUAUCCAGCCCAAAUUACCUAUUUAUUAAGCAUUAUCUAUACCUACAUGCAUACACUGAUCCGUCACACGGAUGAGUGUAAUUCGUAUGAGCUGUUUUCUAUGGACAUUUUUGUAGUGAAUUUCUAAAUCUUGGAACCUAUGAAUAAAAUAUUGUAAAAAGAAUCUGGUACCUAAAUAACCCACAAAAUUAAUAAAGUAAAGUAAUUUCAUGUUUUUAACGACCUUUCUUAAUAAAUUACACAAUUUUCAAUAAUGUGCCUCGGACGAUUACACGUCGACAUAAAUCUGGAAAUGUUUCAUUUUCUUCUUUUUAUUAUUAUACUGCAUAUAAUUCUUGCCAUAUUCCAAAAAGGCAUAAUGGUAUUUUAAAUAGGUAUUUCAUAUUUUUAAUUUUGUAGAAAAAGUUUAAUAAUUAAAAGUACGAUAAAUAUAAUAAAGACGACAAGUAUAAUAUAUUGCAAAUAGUAUGUUAUAUAACACUGUAAUAAUUAAAUUAGGAUUGUGAUAAGAGCAGGCUUUUUAAAAGGAGUUUUAAUAAGUCGCUAGAAACCUUCUUAGUGCCAUUUUUGUGUCUUCUUGGAUUAUGGUCGUUUUUUACUCCACUUUUAUAAACCCACACAACUAACCUGAUCUUUUGGUGUUAUUGAGUUAUUGUAAAUAUGGAGAAAUUAAAGACUAAGAAAUUAAGGCAUGUGUUAGUGCCUAGUGAAUGCCUAAAAAAGUAUACAAGAAAAUGAUGAAUACAUAUGAGAAUAUUGUGAUUAGAGUACUCACGACAUUGUAAUAGAAAUCAUCGGUCAUUUCUGUACUUUAUUGUAGUUAUUACCUACAUACAAACUCGAUAAAUAUAACAUACCUCAAAUUUAA